CUCUUUAAUUUGUUUGGUCUAAUGGCCUCAAUCAGAUCAUUAGCUCUGAAAUCAAGACGUCUCUUUAACUUCAGCACAAGGUUUAGAGUGUAAAUAGAUUUGUAGACCACAAGGGCAGUUUACAAGCGUGUGUUUUCAGAUAUGGUCUUGUUCUACUCGGGUCUACCAUUGAUAAGUGUAAUGGCUGACUUAGAUCACAUGUGCUUUCACAACCAAUCACAUUAUAGCCUUGACAUCAUUGCAUUUCUGUCAGAGUUAUACAACACUCAAUUACUUUUUGGUUGAAACCAGUCGUGUUACCCUUAGUUUAUUCAAUUAGCUUUUUGGUAAGAGUCCUCAGUAUCAUUUAGAAACAUGAAUAGCAUAAUUAUUCGUAUGGUGUAAAUUAAAUAUCACUUUCUUUGUUGGAACUGCAGCAUUAGACAUAGUUUGGAUUGUAAUAAGUUAUAUAAUCCAGUGUCUCAGGACAGAUGAGGCGAAACACCUGCACGGAUCACAGGACACGCACACACACACACACUCACAAGCAUCAGCUGUAUGUCUUUGGGUUGUGAGAGAAACUAACACAGUGGAAACUCCAGGCUUCAGUGGAGACGAACCAGAAGAAUGACAAUAUGCUGAUUUGAUUCAAAUUAAAAGCUUCAUUCAGAUGGAAACGAGAUGUUUCACUCUUGAGUUCUGAACGUUGUCUAAUCUACCCAGAUUUUCCCAGUUCCUGAUAAAUCACGGAGGGAAUCUUUCUGAAGACAUCGGGACAUCAGGAGGCUUUUGCGAUGGCUUGUGCCGGUGUGUGGACUCUGAUGGUGUGUGUGCUUUCACUGCCUCACAUCACUGCCGGAUCCAUCAUCAGCGCCGCCGUCAGUGUUGAGGUGCUUGACCAGGACGGAUCCGAACAGGUCCGGGCUCAUUACAGUCUGGUGUCCACUUUGCCCUGUCCAGCGCUGGAUGAAGUGUGUCCUGAAGUGCACUGCCGGGACCAGCUCAGCUCGUCUCCGCUGACCGGGCUUUUCCCGUCUCCCGGCUGGUGCCUCCGUCAGUGGCAGAACACCAUCCCUCAAAACCACACCUCUACUCUUCAGAUCGGAUCCGAUGGAGUCGUGUCUCUAUAUUCAAGAGCAGAUCUGUCUGUCCGACCGGACACUAACGCUGUUAACCAGCCUCCAUACGUGUCGCUGCCUCCUCCAGUCAGGAUAAGAGCUGGUUGUCCUCAGGAAAUCCCGGUAAAUGUGAUGGAUUUGGAUGGAGAUGAGAUUCGCUGUCGUUAUGAGAAGAAUGGCCUUGGUGAAUUUAUGCGCCUUAAUGAAGAGACGUGUACACUGUUGUAUGAAGGCGGAGGGUCUCCGGGUCAGUAUUCAGUGCAGAUCAGGGUGGAGGAUUUCCCUGCGUCUGUGAAGAUUCUCAACGAGGCAAAGCCUUUCUCCACUGUAUCGGUGCAUCUCUUAAUAACAGUUGAAAGCAGAGCCGACUGCUCCACUGUGCCGGAGUUCACGGGAGUGAGUCCAGCAGGGGGCGCUGUGAUCCACGUCCUGCCCUUUGGAGAAGUCCAGCUCAGUAUUACUGUGGACUCAAGUGUGUCUGAAAUCGCGGUGAUUGGUCCUCCAGGCCUCUUCGUCUCCCCAAUGGAAACAGGCAGGAAUUCCCAGAGCUCCGUCGCCCUGUCCUGGGUCCGAGGACCUAACCAGUUUGCUCACCUGCUAUCCAUCUGUUUUGCUGCAAACACUCAGAGCCUGCAGUCUCGCAUCAGGUGUAUAUGGCUGCAACAAACACGAACAGAUCCUUUGCCACCAGGAACAGAGUUGAAAUGUAAGGAGCGGGAGCUUCAGAUGACUCUAGUGCUGCCCAUGUCCUUCCUGGAGAAGCUUCAUGUCUCGGACCUCCAGCUGAAUGAUCCGGCAUGCCCAGUGUUUUACAACACAACCCAUGUGACCACCACCUUCUCUCUGACGGGCUGUGGAACCAAGAGAAUGCAUUUAGGUUCAGAAUUGCUGUACACCAACACUUUACGCAGCAUCAAUCCUAACUCCACUAUAAGCCGUGCUGGCACUCUCAUUCUCCCACUCGCCUGCCGGAUUCCCGGCCAACAAGCCAAAGCUCCAGCUUUUAAAAUCUCCACACCGUCCGAAGUGGAGACGUUUGGUGCAGUGUCCUUCUGGAUUGAGUUCCACUUCCCCGGAGAGGGCCCUAUGGCCGCUGAGACGCGUCUGCCGCGCAUCCGCAGUUUGCCACCGGUGCGUGCGGCUCGAGAGCUGCGGUCUGCAGGCAGGAUGGAUACGCUGGACCUGCAUGUGUUCUCCAACUGCUCACUGGCCCAUGCGGAGCUCAUGGUGGGCCGCUGUGUUGAGUCAGACACACAAGACUUUGCAAACUCACGGCCUCUGCUGAACCACGGCUGCGCACCUGGAAAUGGAACCUUUGAGAUCUUGACGUCAAUUUCCACUGUUCGGAUUUACCGCUUAUAUCUCGGUUCUCUGGGUAUAAUGGGAGACACUAUGUAUGUCGAGUGUCUGGUGCACCUUUGUGUUUCCACCAAACAAACCCAGAGAUGUCCUGAUCCAUGUACGGAAACGACAGACAAGGCUCUAGUAAACAGCAUUCAGACCCACAACUACACUAUCCGUUCAGGGCCUGUUAGACUCAUAAAAGCCACAGAAACCAGCUCUACGACUGCUAUACCGAGCCUGACUGCUGUACCAGUCGCUAAGCCCUCCGCUAGCCACACUUCUUCUCACACUCUGGAUAGAGGUGCAUUCUGGGUAAUUGCUGUGUCAUUGGCUGUGCUGUUUCUUCAGUUCGUCACUGACUAAUCAAAAUCAUCUUAUUGGAUCUUUGUGAACCACCACUACACUGUUUCUUUAUAUACCCUCUAGUCAUGGAAAAAGCACACAUUGUAGGACAACAUACUUCAUACUUUUACUGUCAAUACAAAUUUAGAGAUUGCAUCAAGAAACACAUCAACACCUCUUCAAAACGUUUAAUUUUAACCAAGUACAAUAACAUUAUGUAAUUUCACUAAAUUAUACCUUUUAUUAACAAUAAAGAAACCAGUUGUUCAGUAAAGAAUGA